GCCAGCGGGUGGUGCUCUGCUCGACACACACACACACACACACACUCACACUCACACUCACACUCACACUCACACUCACACUCACACUCACACUCACACUCACUCUCUCUCUCUCUCUCUCUCUCUCUCUCUCUCUCUCUCUCUCUCUCUCUCUCUCUCUCUCUCUCUCUCUCUCUCUCUCUCUCGGCACCCAACUGUACAGAGCGAGACAGAAGCAGAGAGAAACAGCAGGACUUGUGUGUUUUUAACGUUUUGCGUUUAACCGUCCACACUUGGAAUCGGGUGCGUCGGGCCUCUGGGUUGCGUGCGUAAUAUCGGCAGUGCGGGUUCCCCUAAUCCUGAAUUUGCGACUCAUCCUCGGUGGAAUGAUGGAUAACUUAUUGAUGCUUAACCUGGGACUUUUAUUCCUCAUUAUCGCUACGCCGUUUUCGUCAAUCGCCACCUCGUCCAGUGAGGACGCGCCUCGGAGGAGGGAGAUGGUCACCGCCACUCUGAGCGCCUUCCCGAAGACCCUGAGCGACCCCGCCAAGGGCCUAGGGGACGCCGGGUGCCCGGGUCCCACCUCCUCGGGUCCCACACUGGACCGGUCCUCUGCGGGUCCCCGCAGACGCGCCAAGAGGUGUACCUGCUACUCGUACAAGGACAAGGAGUGCGUUUAUUACUGCCACUUGGACAUCAUUUGGAUCAACACGCCAGAACGCCUGGUGCCGUACGGCAUGUCAGGCUCCCAGGGGCCACGGCGGCUGGGGCGGUCCGCCCCCACCGAGGGGGGGCGGUCAGCCCGCACCGAGGGGGGGCGGCGGGGCGCGGAGCCGCAGCCGCAGCGCUGUGCGUGUGCGCUGGAGAGCGACGGCGUGUGCGGACGAUUCUGCGUGAUCCGGUAGGAACACAGGAACCGCCCGGGGCGACAAAGAAC